CACUUACUUCUCUCUCCUCUCUCUCUCUCUCUCUCUCUCAUUCACUUUGUCUCCAUAAAUUAGAUCCAAUACAUGCAAAGUUUAGAUCUUUGAACUCACCAGCUGUUUUUUCUUAGAUCUGCAUAGAUUUCACAAAAAUGGCUCUACUCUUGUACUUCAGUCUCAGAAAGGUACUUUUGCUUUAUCUUGUUCUUGUUCUGUUUACUUCUGUUUUUCUUCAUUGUGUCUCCUCAGAGUCUCAGAUUCAAAGCCAAUCAGAGUCUCUUGGUAGGAGAAGAAUGUUAGACCUGCAAAUAGAAGAGAAGCCUAAGAGUAGUAAAACCACCAAUUUGUCCUCCAAGAAUCAAACCAAGCUAUUGAAAUCCAAUUUCUCCACCAAAAACCAGACCAAACUCUUGAUAUCCAAUUUCUCCACCAAAAACCAGACCAAAUUAUUGAAGCCAAACUUAUCUGCCAAAAACCAAACCAAACUAUUGAAGCCAAACUUAUCUGCCCAAAACCAAACCAAACUAUUGAAGCCAAAUUUAUCUGCCAAAAACCAAACCAAGCUCACAAAGUCCACAAACUCUACAAAAACAACAGCAUCCAUUGAUUCCCUAACCAAGUCUGGAUUGAAGAAGCUCAAUUCCACUUCACAGCUCAAGAAACUGAAUUCCACAUCAAAGGCCUCAAAUUCUACCAAAUCCAGCACUUCACUUUCCGCCAAGAAAUCUUUAGAUCUAACCAAAAUAAGCACACCCAAGUCGAAAACAACAAAACCCACUUCCACAAAACAGAGCCAAACCAUUGUGGACAACAAACUCAAUGACCCAGAUUCUCAGAAAAUGAAGAAGAAUCAAAAUACAGACAAGAAGACCAAGCAACAACAAAAACAGACCCAACCCAGUUGGAUUGACCAAGAAGAUGAUAAUGAUGAUUUGAUUUCAGAAUUCAGAGAUCUACCCACCAGAUUCCAUCAAACACUUAUCCCAGACAUUGAGAGAAUCUCAACUACAUCAAAAGCUUACAUUAACAAAGCCAACAAAGAAAUCACAAAGAAUUUCAAACCAUACGUUGGCAAUGAAUACGCACCCACAAUUGCCUCAUUUGUCUCCUUUGCUUUCAUUAUAAUCCCUCUACUUCUGGUCUCUCUCAUUGUCAAUAGAAUCAAAGCUUAUUUUUCUCUCCAAAAGAUCCUGAUUUUCAUUCAAGUUUAUCUCUCAAUCUACUUCUCCAUUCUCUGUGUCUCUUCGCUGGUCACUGGACUUGAGCCUCUCAAGUUUUUCUACGCUACAGCACGGUUGACGUACAUCUGUUUACAAGUGCUGCAAACGCUGGCGUAUGUGCUGUAUCUCUUGUUACUGCUGAUGUAUCUGGUCCUGGUGUUUUCGACUGAAUGUGGGCUGGGCUCGAGAAUGCUGGGCUUGGGUCAAACAUUCGUGGGCUUUGCAGUUGGGCUGCAUUAUUACGUGGCGGUGUUCCACAGAGUGGUGUUGCGUCAGCCACCCAAGACGAAUUGGAAGAUUCACGGGAUUUACGCCACGUGUUUUCUUGUGAUUUGUCUGUUUGCAAGAGCUGAGGGGAGAAAGAAGGCUUAUUUGGAAGACGGCGGUGAGGAAGGUAAACAGAGUUAAUGCGUCAUUAAUUGGCUUCUAGAAAAAUAUUAUUUGUAUUGUUAAUGUAAUGUCAUUAGACUAGGAGAUGGUGAUAGUCUAGUGAUGAAUCUCUCUAGUACCAAAUUAUAUGGACUCAAAAGGUCUGAGUUCGAUUCUCAUUAGGAGCAAAAUCAUUGAGAAAAUUUAUGCGCGAGUAUGAUGACCUAAAUUUAGGUGCAUAUCGAAUGUGUAAAUGAUAGACUUGUAUGUUGUUGUUCUCAAUUUAAAAAAAAAUUACAAUAAAUGCUGAAUUAAUUGUAUUUGUGAGCAACAUAAAUGGAAGCCAAUAAAGGGUUUAAAAAAAUUGGUCUCUUUA